GUUGGAGUUGCACGAAGGGAGAACCCCGUGAGCCAGAGGGACGGGGGAUACCUGGACAGAGGCGUCAGCACAGUUGCCAGAAUGCAUCUGAGUACACCUGAGCAAGACCAGCUGUCAGUGUAGGAGCACUCAUGGGGAGUGUUACUAGAACGUAGAAGCAGCAAAGGAGAGGAAAAAGACUCAAACAAGACGAACCUUGGUUGAAGGGGAUGAAGGAAGAGGAGGAGGAAUGUUGCGCCUGGACUAUAAGAGCUGUUAUAUUCUCAUAGACUGGUAGCUAGGUGAAGGGAAUUGCAGCUCACACGCCUACUUGUCUUCCCCGACAGUUUCAUAGCCAGUUCAAGUCAUGGCGGUUCCCAAACGGUGUGCACUAUGGCUCUUUUGCUUGCUUUUAGCAGGCAGCCGUCUUGCUGCUGCAAAGAAGGCCCAGGCAGCAUUUGGAGACCGAGAGGUGCUUUCUACAUUCCCCUCCAACCCAGGAUUUCCGGAAGGCGUUGCUGUCUUCAAGGACAAGGCAUAUGUCUGUGGAGCAGCCACAUCUCAGGGCACCGCAAACAGAAACCCUUCCACUAUCACAAUCACUGACCUGAAGACUGGGGCAGUAAAUACAGUCUUCGUUUCAGGAGAGGACACAACCAAAGAGCACCAGCUCUCUUGCUGCAUCGUCGCGCCAACUGAGAUCAACGGGAACGGCAAGAAGAACAGCGAGGAGCACCACUCCUUGUAUGUAAUGAGCCCCCAGCUCGGGAUCCUGCGGUUCGACCUGAAAUACCUGCAGCAGAGCCUGUAUGCCCCGCCCCCUGCUGGUGGAUGGAUCGUGGGGAAUGACCUUAUCUUCGAUCGGCAGCGUCGCCUUUUCGUGACCGAGUCCAACCCGACCCCGAUCCGCGGCGGGGGGAAGCUCUGGAUGAUCCCCCCAGGCGGUGGCCCCCCGACCGUGUGGCUGGAGGGGGAUCCCCUGGCGACCGGGUUUCCCAACGGUCUGGACCUGAGCCCCGACGGCCAGAAGCUCUAUUUGACGGUUUCGACGACAAUCUCCCCGGAACUCGGGAACGGCAUCGUCUACUCGCUGCCGAUCACCGCCCAGCCGCCGGCCACUUCUGCGCUCCAGGUGGUUCACGCUUAUACCAACGGCGAAAUCCCAGACGGCAUACGCUUUGGCGCGUCUGGCAACUUAUACGUCGCCCUCGCUCUGACUCCCUCAGCGGCUCCCUCCGACGUCCUCGGCGGCAUCGAUGUUCUGUCGCCUGAUGGUUUCCCUCUAACCCGGCUCUUAACCAGCAACGGACAGGGGCCGAACUAUUUAAACCCGGCCAAUAUUGCCUUCGACGACAAACGGAAGUCAGUGCUGGUUACGAAUCACUAUCUCGCUUGCAAUGCGAGCAGCCCCGCUCAAAUCGACAGCUGCAACUUCAACGUGAUCAGGGUUUACGUCGGGGACAAGGGUGUCGAUCAGAAUUAGGCGCCGCGAAGAUGACUAGGGCCAACAGGUCAUCACUUGAUUUUGAAUGACUCCAGUCUCUUGAGGUUUCUAAGGAUAAAAAGACGUCCCGGCUCGGAAGAAGGUAGGAACUUGGUUUCAACAAGCGUGGAGUCUUCAAACCGGUCCGUUUGUACGUCUAAAAGGUUUCAGCUGGUGGCGUUGUGUUGGUAUGGCUAGCGUGUGCUGAUGGCUAGGCUAGCGUGUGCUUUCGACUCUACAUGACCGUACAGCUGUAGCUUUCAUAAGGAACAUCUAGUUUUACACUGGCACGUACGUAGGGCAGCGCGUGCAUGGCUGGCCUCGCCUUUUGCGGAGUGUUGACUUUGUAGGUCUUUCGAGAGUUUGGAUAAAAGGUACACCUAUCUACAGACUUUGCUAGUAUUGAAAUAAGUGGAGGUGAGCGGGCGAGCUACAAGCUGUCGUUUAGCAUGCAGUAGCUGAAUGAGGAAAUGUAGUGUACUAUAAUGCCCGGUGUUCACUAAGUGUUGCUGUUUUUGGUAGAUGAUGUAGUAUAGCACCAGUCAACUUAGGAACUUUGCUAGCUCGGAAUCGAUUCAAAGUUCCUCGAAGUUCGAAUUGUAAUCACAUGCCACCGACGCCAUGCAUGCGCGCUUGCA